UGUUGCAGACGCUUCGAUCCGCCAUCUUUGUAAAGGGAAAUGGAGGAGAAGGGGUUUUCAGAUAUAGACGGAGCGACAAUCCUGCUCAAACAGCAUUCUUACAGUCAGACAUGCAAAGAGUUUAAUGUAAUUUGCCCCAAAUUGUCCUUGCGGUCCCUUACAACCGCAACAUGUGCAGUGUGGGUUGCAGCCUACGCCAUCUUCGCGUACACAGAGAACAGCAUGGUCUUGUCAGCUGCCAUAUUUUGCACCCUUAUCGGUUUGCUUUUCUUUCUACAUUUUGUGAAAAUUGACCAGGAAUCUUUGCUGGUUAUUGGCUCUUUGGGCAUUCAGAUGACCUUAUCCUUUGCAUCGGGCAAAGAAAGCACAGAAUUUAUUGAAAUGCAUAGAGUCAAGGAUGUGGUCAUUAAUGAAGCCAUCUUUAUGCAAAAAGUCAUAUAUUACUUGUGCAUUCUCCUUAAAGAUCCUGCUGAUCCAAAAGGCAUUUCAAGCAUUGUACCAGUGUUUCAGAGUGCAAAGCCCCAUCUGGACUGUUUGGUUGAAGUCUAUAAGAGCUGCCAAGACAUCUUAUCCAAGGAAAAAAAAUCUAUUGACAUCUUAGAUGUAGAACAGCCAUGAGCAAACUACCUCCAUUAUAGAUGUCUUUCAAUAGUCUACAUUUUGAAUGUGACUUGCUUCAUAUUUUAUGCCAUCACAGGCUAUACAAAGCCGUCAGUUAUAUUUGUGAGAACAUGGAAACCAGUCUCAAAAAUAUGGAGCAGUUAUGGACAUUAAUCAUAAAAAUUCUAUAAUAAUGUCACUUGAUUAUUUUCUUAUUUGUCUUAGUCACUGUUUUCAUCUCAGCCUGGCUUUUAGUUCUGAAGAAAGAUGACAAAGUCUAUUUUUAAUAUUUUUCUUUAACCCCUUAAGGACCAAACUUCUGGAAUAAAAGGGAAUCAUGACAUGUCACACAUGUCAUGUGUCCUUAAGGGGUUAAAAAUUUUUUUUUUUUUUUAUAAAUUCUUACUUUUAUAAGUAAAUGUGAUUUUUAUAAAGCCAAGCACCUGGUUUAGAUGGACAUUAAUAGGGCUGUGAGUUGUGUAACCAAAAUGUCUCGCAAAGUAAUGAAAGUAUUAAAUGUAAGUAGCACAUGUGCAGGGUUAGAUA